AUGGAGUCAUCAGAAUUAGAGACGGCAGACACCGUCCCCAACGUGGAAGAGAAUGCCAAGCGCAAAGCAAGCGAAGCACCGACGUCACCGUCCGAAGCAAAGCGGAUCAAGCGCAGCGACUCGACCGAAGCGGCUGGUGUGAACGAGGUGGCCGACUCGAUUGAGUCCGCAGCAGACUCGAAAGCAAAGUUCGCCGACAACGACGACGACGACGACGACGACGACAGCAAUGAUGCACCAAAGUCCGAAGUCGAGAACGGCGCUGAUACCAGCGCUCUGGCCGGUGACGAGGCCAUGGACACCGACGAGCAGAAAGAGGACGGCGAUGCGGCCGAUAAGGAUGGCGACGACACAAACGAAGACGACAAGAUAGACGCCACCGCAGACGACGGCGACAGCACAGAAAAGAAACCGCCCGCACCGGUCGAGAUGAAGCCCAUCCCGUUCCCCGAAAAGCCCGCCGUCAUCGAAGAACGCAACGGCGAGAUCGAGUUCCGCGUUGUCAACAACGAUGGCGCCAAGGAUAGCUUUAUUAUCCUGACGGGUCUCAAGUGCAUCUUCCAAAAGCAGCUGCCGAAAAUGCCCAAAGACUACAUUGCGCGCCUUGUGUACGACCGCACCCACUUGUCGAUUGCCAUUGUCAAGAAGCCGCUCGAGGUCGUCGGCGGCAUCACGUACCGCCCCUUUCGCGAUCGCAAGUUUGCUGAAAUCGUCUUUUGCGCCAUCUCGUCCGACCAGCAGGUCAAGGGCUACGGCGCGCACCUCAUGUCGCACCUCAAGGACUACGUCAAAGCCACGAGUCCUGUGAUGCACUUUCUGACCUACGCCGACAACUAUGCUAUUGGCUACUUCAAGAAGCAAGGGUUCACGAAAGAGGUGACGCUCGACCGGUCCAUUUGGAUGGGCUACAUCAAAGACUACGAGGGCGGCACGAUUAUGCAGUGCACGAUGCUGCCGCGGAUCCGGUACCUCGAAAUGGGCCGCAUGAUGCUGAAGCAGCGCGAAUGCGUGCAGGCCAAGGUCCGCGCCUUCUCGCGGUCGCACAUUGUGCACCAGCCGCCCAAAGAGUGGAAGCCGGGGCCGGACGGUGUACGGCCCAUCGACCCACUGACGGUCGACGCGAUCCGCGCGUCCGGGUGGUCGCCCGACAUGGACGAGCUGGCGCGGCAGCCGCGGCAUGGCCCCAACUACAACCAGCUGCUGCACCUGCUCAACGACCUGCAGAACCACCAGAGCGCGUGGCCGUUCUUGGUCCCGGUCAGCCGCGACGAUGUCGCCGACUACUACGACGUGAUCAAGGAGCCCAUGGACCUGAGCACAAUGGAGUCCAAGCUGGAAGCCGACCAGUACGCCACGCCCGAGGACUUUAUCCACGACGCCAAGCUCAUCUUCAACAACUGCCGCAAGUACAACAGCGAGAACACGCCCUACACCAAGUCGGCCAACAAGCUGGAGAAGUUUAUGUGGCAGCAGAUCAAAGCCAUUCCGGAAUGGUCCCAUCUGGAUCCGUAA